UUGUGGUAAUAUUCUUUGUCGAUCUCUUUCUCUGUUGGCAACGUGGUGAAACGUUACGACGUUAGUUAAACUUUGCGUAUUUCGAUUGAAAAAAUCGUUUAAUUUUUUUUAUUCCGGCGAAACCGUAUAAACAAAUUUUUAAAAAUGUCGUUUGGUGAUGUGAAAACAGCAAAAGGUCUUGAACAACUUAACAACUUCUUGGCCGACAACAGUUAUAUCAGUGGUUAUACCCCAUCAAAGGCCGAUUUGUCGGUGUUUGAUGCUUUAGGUAAAGCACCAACUGGUAAUGUUCCACAUGUCCAAAGAUGGUAUCGUCAUAUCGCAUCGUUUUCUGCUCAAGAACGUAAUGCAUGGGGUGGACAGGCUGUACCACAAGUUGCCGGCGGCAAACCAACAACACAAGCCGCACCAGCUGCUGCCGAUGAUGACGAUGACGUCGAUCUUUUCGGUUCAGAUGAAGAAGACGACGAAGAGGCCACUAGAAUUCGUGAAGAACGUGUGGCUGCCUAUGCCGCUAAAAAAUCAAAGAAACCAGCCCUCAUUGCAAAGAGUUCAGUUUUAAUCGAUGUCAAACCAUGGGACGAUGAAACUGACAUGAAGGAAAUGGAAAAAUGUGUUCGCACCAUCGAAAUGGACGGUUUGGUUUGGGGAGCAUCGAAAUUAGUUCCAGUUGGAUACGGUAUCAAUAAAUUGCAAAUCAUGUGUGUUAUUGAAGACGACAAAAUCUCAACCGAUGAACUCCAAGAGAAAAUCGAAUCCUUCGAAGAUUUUGUCCAAUCAUCCGACAUCGCUGCAUUCAAUAAAAUCUAAAUGGCUUGAUUGGUUCUGUGCAUGAGUCUGACUCAAACAUAUGCACUCAUUCAAAUCGAAAUCAAUCAAUACAUUCUUUGCAAACAAUUCGG